UACAAAAUGACCGACUAAAUAUAAACAGUAUGUUGAUUUCCAUUAAACACUUUAAAAUGGAUCAAGUGUACACAACGUGUUGUUUUGGUUUACUCUGUGUCAGCUACAGUAAUUCAGCUAUUGAUUGAUAGUUAUUUUACAUGAUAUAUGAUUUUGAUACUUGCAUAUGAAAGGUGUUAUCUUUCUAACGGUGUUCAAUAGAAUUUCUGCUCUGCAAAUAUAUCCUAAGGUGUGAAGUAUGUCGACACCAGAGACAGAUCUAGAUGUUGAGUUAAAGAUGAUGGCUGAUGGAUCAUUAUCUGAACAGAACAACACUGCCAAUGGGACAACAGCAGAAACAUCAGAACAGUCAAAAAAAUGUCUUGCCCUUCGUGCUUUCUGCCAUAGUUGUACAAAACCUGUUAGAACAAAAUAUAAUCCCCUGCCACAUGAAGCAACACUUGGAGAGAAAUUUUGUUACACCUUUAUGUGUCCGCCACAUGGAAGGAUUGCAAAGUAUAUUAUGUUUGUAGUGAUGUUCUUUGUGUCCUGGGCUGUAAUGAUGUCAUUGACAGGAUCAGGGGGACUACCUGGUGGAAAUUUCUUCUCUCUUGUUAUCAUGUUCUUUGCUUGUGUCGUAGGAGGAUACCUGGUUGUUUACGUGAAGCUACCACCUUUAUUAGGAAUGUUGAUCAUUGGUUGUUUGUUACGUAAUGUACCUGGUAUCAGCAUUGUUGGUGAAAACUUGGAUAAAUCUUGGUCUGCAGCAUUAAGACAGAUAGCAUUAACCGUGAUACUGAUAAGGGCAGGUCUUGGUUUGGAUCCACAGGCAUUAAUGAAGUUGUCAUGGGCAGUUCUCAGGUUGGCUUUCUCUCCAUGCUUGGCCGAGUGCCUGGCUGAGGCGGUCGCUGCCCAUUUUCUACUUGGGUUUCCAUGGAUAUGGGGUAUAAUGCUUGGGUUUGUAUUAGCAGCAGUAUCGCCUGCUGUUGUGGUACCAUCACUAUUAGGUUUGUCAGAUAGAGGUUAUGGUAUAGACAAGGGUAUACCAACACUUGUUAUAGCUGCAGCUAGUGUUGAUGAUGUGUUAGCUAUCACAGGAUUUGGUGUAUCACUGGGCAUUGCAUUCUCUACUGGUGAUCUUGCAUUGUCUAUAGUUAAGGGCCCACUUGAGGCAAUAAGUGGUGUGGUUUAUGGUAUAGUUGGAGGCAUUCUUAUCUGGUACAUUCCUAAUAGAGCAAGUCGUCAUGUUGUUUUGUACCGAUCAUUCCUGUUGUUUGGGUUGGGACUUAUGGCAACAUUUGGUAGCAAUGCCCUCCAUUUCUCUGGUGCUGGUCCCCUUGGUUGCCUCACUCUUGCUUUUGUUGCCGGGUUCAAGUGGAAGAAAGAAGAUUGGUCAGCAGAGGGUGGUGAGCCAAUGAAAGAUAUAGUUUCUAUAUUGUGGAUGAUUUUCCAACCAUUACUGUUUGGUUUGAUUGGAGCAGAAAUUGAUGUUCUAAAAAUAGAUGUAGGAACUGUAGGUUUGGGUUUGGCCACACUAGGUAUAGGACUUGCCAUUAGAUUAGUGGUAUCAUUUUUCUCAGUUUUUGGAACAGAUCUCAACAUACGUGAACGACUGUUUAUACCUAUUGCCUGGUUCCCUAAAGCCACAGUUCAGGCUGCUAUAGGAGCAGUGGCAUUGGAUACAGCACGUAAGAUGAACAACGUGGAGGGUGAAGAUUAUGGUAAACAGAUUCUGACACUAGCAGUACUCAGUAUUAUUAUAACAGCCCCUAUUGGAGCAGCUGCUAUAGCAAUAGCAGGACCAAUGUUGUUAGAACAAUCUACAAGAGAGGAAGAACUGAUCUACACAGCAGACGACAAUCAAACAGAGGAACAAGGUAAACUUUUACAAGAAGGAAAUGGGAAAGAAGUCUGAAGUUGGGAUAAAGGAACAAGAUAAAGUGAAGAGGUUCUAGUCAAGUUAUUAUCAGGUCAUCAUGGUCAUACCCCAUACCAGUAUUUUAAACAAGGGAUGGUGGUAUAUGAUAGGUUUAUAUUGAAGGCAAACUUGGAAAGACAGGUGUCAUUAGUUGUUGGUCAUAAAAGAAGAGACAAAUCUCAAAUUAUCAGCUGGAAAAUAUGAAUGAACAAAAUAUAUUAUUUUCUAUCUAAACCUUGGUAGGAUGUGGAAAAAGAUUGCAGUUAAAAAUGAACAUAAUUUCUAGUACAUUUACUAGCAUAGAACUUAAUUUGUAGAACUAAAACUAAGUUCCAGCAAAUCAAGUAGGACUACUGAUAUACUUAAACUUAAUGUAAUUGGUGAUAUGUUAAAUACAAAACGUAUAAGAAAAUGUUCACACCUUCAAUAAUGAAUGAUAAGUAAUGUUUUAAGACUUAUUCAAGAUUGUAAACAACAAUCAACUUAUUAUAGAGAUAGAUUGAUGGGACAAGUGAUAUUUUGUUACAUGUUUUUGUAUAAUAUUAUAUCUUUUACACAUUGUAUUUUUAGAUGUCUACAACAAAUUUUUAUCAAUAAAUGAACAAUAUUC